AUGGACAGGGCCAUUGCAAAUUGUGUUGAUUGCAGUGAAGCAAAUCAACAAGUGAGUGGGUGGCUGGGAGAAGUUUUGUGGGACAAUCUGGCUGGCCGGAGGCCUCCCAAAUCCCCUCCCCGGUCCUGUCCCCAGGAGGCGAGAGACAUCGGAGAGAGGAGGGAGAUGGACCAUACCCAGAAGCAGCCUCAGGAGACCGCGGGGGCCACGGGGGCCCAGAACCUUGGCAACCUCCAGCCAGGCUUCAUGAAGUGCUUGUUGGAGGUGGAAGAGGAGGAGGCCACGCCUUGGAGGGUCACCGAGGCCCGCGUGCUGCCGAACCGGAAGUCCCCCAGGACCCUGGCCCCCGUGCCCAUCUCUGCCCCGGUUGGCAACUCAGCCCCAGCCCUGCCUCUGACCCUGCCUCUGACCCCUGCCUCGGCUCCUGCCAUGGCCCCAUGCUGGGCCGGACCGCCAGCCCCUGGGCCACUUCCUGCCCCCAUGGGAGCCCCAGCUUCAGUGCCUGUCACGGUCCUCCCGGUCCCUGUAUCAGACCUGGGCUGGAGAAGGACAGAACCUUUGCACCACAGCGGGGAGAGGAGCCUGAACUACCCCAAGGAACGGCAGGAGCUGGAAGAACACUGCCUCCUGAAGGUGUGUCAGACCUGGGAGGAGAGGUCAGAAGAGCACCUCACACCGAAGCAAGAGGAAGCCUUCGGCAGCUACUUUGAGAUCUUCAGUGGUCACGGCGAGGUGGAUGCACAGAGCCUGGAGAACAUCCUGCUCCUCGUGGGCGUCUCCCUGACGCCGGCCCAGGUGGAGGAUGCCCUGAGGAGUGCUGAUAUCGAUGGAGACGGCCACGUGAACUUCAAAGACUUCUUGGCCGUGAUGACAGACACCAAGCGCUUCUUCUGCUCUGUGGGUGAGCUGGGGGGAGGGGCCAGCUAUUACCAGAAGAAGCUGAAGGAAGGCACCUGUAAGGCCUGAGAGAUGGAACCGGCCAUUGGCCGGCUGCGGUCCCGGAAGAAGCUUCCCUACAACCCGCAGCAGGCAGACACCUUGGAAGUCCCAGAACGAAGAGCCCUCAGGAUCCUGAGCCAGCUGAAGCAGCAGAACUAUGCUGCCAACCUGCAAAGCCCCUAUGCCCAGGUGCCUUGCAUCCCGCUCUGCCCGCGGCUGGACAAGAAUACGGACCGCCGGAAGCAGGGCAGCCACUACAUGCUGGAGCUGUGUACCCCCACCAGCCUGGGCCCUGACACCCGUAGCCCCUUCUUCCAGACUGGAUCUCAAGGAAGCAGGGAACCCAGCUCUGACAGCCGAAAGUGGCUCAGUUCUGUGCCGGCUCGAACCCACUGACCCUGCGGAGUCCUGACUCCGGGCCAGCUGUUCAGGGCCUGCAGACGGAUGGGUCAUCAGGCAGGGACUGCUGCUGGAUUUUGCUUUUGUGGCCUGGUAAGCCAAUAAACAACAAGAACCUCAGCCUCUGUGCCUGGUGCCAGGGAAGGCCCCAGGUUUUCACCCUUCCACUUGGCUCUCAGAGCGGAGGGCCUCAGCCUCACUCAGGCUUCAGAGCCCCUGAAGCCAAGACUCGCCUCAAAACCCUGCCAAGGGUUAGAAGUCCUGCUAGAGGUGGCCCUGGGUUCAAAGUCUUGACCUCCUGUGCACUCUCAAAGCACAGAACUGGGACUAUUCUCAGAUGCGUGUCUCCACGCCUUGGACUAGGAGUCCCAUAAGGGCAGGAAUUCUCUUUCCCACUUGCUUGAAGGGAAUGGUGAACAUUAAGGGAAGUACCUGGGAAAGACCCUGGCCCCUAAAACGGACAGACCCUGUGGAAGGGCAGGAGGGGCCUCAGCCAUGCUCUCACCAACAGAGGGCUAGGACCCAGGGGUGCCCUUCCUUUGAAGCCUAAGCAUGUGGGUCUGUGGCCCCAAUCCAUACACCACCCCAGUCCUAUUACUCAAAGAGAGAGCCCCUCCCUAGGACUGAGCAGAGAUAGCUUCCCAGUGGUUAAACAAGCAGCCACAGCAAGAGGUUAGGAGGCCAGAAACUGAAAUGAGGACAAGGUUCUGACAAGUUUAAAACAUGUAUUUAAAAUACAAUUUAUAAAAUGCUUAAUCUGCCGACUCAGGAGCCCGCGGUGCGGGAUGGGGUAGGGUGGGCAGCCACCCGCUAGACCAGCAGAGCAGGACUGCAGGGGUGUGGCCCUCCCUCCCAUGCCCUUCUGUUCAGAUACCCAAGGGGCCCAUAUGCACCCCUGGGAUCACAUGGCCGAAAACAGGACCCCAGAGGUUUCCAGAGUCUCUGCCUACCAGGGAGGCUGGGGCAGCCCUGCCGGCCCAUCCCUGAGCAGAGCAUCCCCAGAUGGGGCAGAGCAGGGUACGGCUGGGCUAGACAGGGCGGGGUGAGGCAGUGGGCUCUGGAAGGGGCUGAUGGUAGCAGAUAGGGUGUUGCCUCCUGCCAGCAGGUGGGGAGCACCCUGACUGAGUGGGCGGAGAAGGGUUGGUCACCAGGCCCAGACCCCCAGCUCCUUUGGUUAUAGGCUGACAUCAGAGUAGUGGCUCAUGGGAAGCGGUUAGCUGGAAGGUCUGAGGCCUGGCUCACGGAGUCAGGGAGGAGCUGGGGGAAGGGGACAGUACCAUGAAGGCAGAUAAAGGGGCAGCAGCCUCAGGUUUCUGCCCCCAACUCCCCUGGGGUUUUCCAAGCCAAAGCCUGCAGCUUACUUUUUAAAAAAUUAAAAAAAAAAAAAAAAAAAAAAAAAAAA